CCAUUGUAGGAACGUAUAAGAUAUUUACCUAUAAAUUUUUACAUUGUCAUUUUUUCUUUUCCAGUUGAAUACAUUUUGUAGAAAUGGGCUCCAUCGGAGUUAUGUCCUAUGGCAUCCAUGCCCAGCAGUGUGCCAAUAUAUUGAAGUCGGGUGUGCACAGAGGGUCCUGCCGCAGCCUUCACAUAACAGGGAGAUAUGCCGCAAAAGAAUAUUAUGAUGUGGUUGUAGUUGGAGGAGGAGCCGCUGGCAUCACCAUGAGCUCUCGGAUGAAGAGGAAAGUAGGAGCUGGCAAUGUUGCUGUUAUAGAGCCAAGUGAGGUACAAACUGAAUAUUUAUCAAAGCUCUACAUCACAUUAUCAACAUUAUUAUAAUGUGUCUUCUGAAAAAUCCAUACAAACAUAAUAUUCUAUUCUAUGCGUGGUGUUGUUAAACAUGAGGAAUAUCUGCCAUUUUACUUAUUUUUUUAAAUUCUUUAUUUCGAUACAAGCAGCCAUGCAAAAGUUAUACAAAUCAUUUAUACACUGCAACAAAGAGAUAUCACUACUGUAUGUGCAGCUUUCUUGUAAUUUUAACUUUAUGGUUGAACACAAAGAAAGAUUACUUGUCUUUUCACUAUAUUUAGUUUAACCCCUUAAUGACCAAACUUCUGGAAUAAAAGGGAAUCAUGACAUGUCACACAUGUCAUGUGUCCUUAAGGGGUUAAAGAGUUACGGCAACAACAACAAAAAACAAUGUUUUAAGAAACCUCAAAAGGGGAAAAAAAGCUAAAAAUUUGAUUUUUUUUUUCCAGCUCCAGUGCCAAGUUGUCCGUCAGCCUGAUCCUGUAUGUACAGUGUGGCUGAAUUAUCUUUUUAGAGUGAUCUCUAAAGUACACUGUAAAGAAUAUAUAUCUAAUACGUGUGCCACAUCUAUAAGUGUACAUAAAAUAUAUAAAAUGAUAAUAUAACAAACAGGCAGCAAAGCUGCUAGCCCACUAUAAAAGAUGCUUGUACCCGAGUGUAUUAUGGAGGGUCAUGCUUUGGGACUAUAUAUUGGGAUUUAUUUUAUUUCUUAAUAAUUCUGGAAAUAGUGCUAACUGACAGACACAGCAAGCAAUCCAUCUCUAGAUGUACUAACCAUUAAUGCACUGAUUUGAUCUCUAUAGAAACACUAUUACCAGCCCAUGUGGACUCUGGUCGGUGGUGGUGCAAAACAGCUGGCAAGCUCUGAGCGUUCUACAUCCAGUUUGAUCCCGUCAGGAGUUAAAUGGAUCAAGUCAGAAGUAAAAGGCUUUGAUCCUGAUAAAAACUCUAUUCGCAUUGAUGAUGACAAAGAGGUAUUUGUUUUUGUAAACAAAAAAUCUAUUGUUUUAAUCUGCCCUCAAGAAUCUCUGACUAGGGUCAGCUUUAAACUGUGAGCAGUAAAUCUGGUUGUACCUCUGUUUGUAGUUUUUUUUUACCUGUGUAUAACUAGAAUUACUACCUGUGAAUUAUUACACAUUAGAACAGCAACUGUUUGGCACCUACUGCCCUGGUGAUAGACUUGGAUAAAUGAAUUGAAUCAUUGUAACAAUUCUCAGUAUGUGCUUGAGAGGUGCUAAAUACCUGCAGUAGAUAAGUGAAUAAUUAUGUAAUUACUGAGAAUGCCAUAAGUAAUUAAAGACUCCAGGGUUUUGAGACAGGCUGAGCCUGCUGACUGAUUAUACUUCUAGGAAGUUUUACCAGAUAUUGCCAGAUAACAAGUUAGGGCCAGUCCAUCGACUGCAAGACAGACGUAGAGCAAAAUCAAGAUUUUGUUUGGGGCACCUUUCCAAUCUUUUUCAAUGUACAGUAAGCAUUCAUCCUGUACAUGUAAUCACAUAACCAGGGAGUAGGAGUUAUUGUUAACACUGGAGUUAUCACGUUUAAAACUCGUGAGUCUGUAUCUUAACCCCUUAAAGACACAUGACUUGUGUGACAUCAUGAUUCCCUUUUAUUUCAUAAGUUUGGUACUUAAGGGGUUAAACCCGUUCUACCACACUCUAAAAUACGUGAUUAAUGUUAAGGUGACACAACAGAACUCACAUUAGGGUAUAUUAGAAAGUUUAAGCUAAAAUACUUUUUUUUUUUUUUUUAAAACCUUUCUUUUUUUGUUUGUUUCUUAAUUUAUUUUCAUAUUUUCAUUUUUUUUAUUUAUUUGAAUUUGAAGAGCAUCUAUACUACUGUUUGGGGAUCUCUGUACUUUAAGACAGAGGUCAAAGUACAGGCUGUAAACAUAUUCUAAAGAUAGAAGCAGUUUAAAGGGCCAGUUGUUCCGCUUAAUUGCUCAAGUGUCAUCUUUUAUUACAGAGUACUAUCUCCUGUAAUAAGCAUCGUUAACAAGCAUUGUAUGAGAAGCACCUCCUCUGUAUUCUUUUUUGUUUUUUAUCCAUUAUUUCUAAAAAAAAAAAGCCAGCUAUGGAGAAUAGCUCUAAAUGGCAGCUUUUAAUUGUAUAAUAAACCUUUGAGUUCUUGCCUUUACUCUGUUCUUCAUUUCUUUGAAUAAUUACGGUUGACAGGGUAAAUCAGCAAGAUUUCAAAGAAUGUGUUAAGGUGUUUAUUUACUAAACAGGGAAUUGUGGUGAGUACGAAACUGAAUUUACAAAAUAGCCUUACAUCGAUAUUCCCUACUGAGAUCAAGGGAAUUUCCUGCAAAUCCUGAUUUAGUUAAAAAUAUUUAUAGCAAAUAUUAGAGUAAUAGGUGUAUGGGAAACAUUUUUGAAUUUGGCAAUUUUGCCCAUACACAUUUAAUUGCUAUUUCUCCACAUUUUGUGAAUAAACCUCAAAAUUUUGUCAAACAAAAUGUUAUCAUAUUUUACGAAAUGUGUAUCACAUUCACACGCACUAAGCAUAUUUUUUACUUUCAGAGAUAUAAUAACCAACUUUUGGCAGUGUGGAGGACCUUUGCCAUGAUGCUCUUGGUAAAAAGGCCAAAGUUAGGAAGUACCAGUUGUGUUUUCUGAAAUGUUGUUUUAGAGCAUGAUAGCAUAGCUAUAGAGAGGGCCCACCGGCUAUAGUGUUAAACAUUGUAUGCAUUGCGAGGAAAUGAUUUGUGUGAUUUAUGUUUAACCAACCAAGCAUUUAGUGGCACUUGACUCUAGAGAUAAUGUAAUUACUCUGUUUGUCACAUAUAAUAAAGCAGGAGAUUGAUGGUUAAGAAAUGAACAGCAUGUUGUUUCUUCAUAUUGAGACAGCCUUAUCUCUAAAAUAUUAAAAUCACUCUGUAUUAGACAUGUGCACAAGUUUGUUAAUCCAAAAAUGAAUGAAAUGUUUAGGACAGGAUUUACCUGAGAAUGUAUAUCUUCACAGGUAAAUCCUGGACAAAGCGAUUCAUUCGGCAUUAAUUAAAAGUCACAUGAUUUGGACAAAUUGUCCAGAACAAUGUUUUUUAAUAAAAUACAAAACAAAGUAAAGAGCGCUGGAAAAAAACAGCGUUUUUAAAAGAAUAUUGUAUGAGGCAGCCAACCUAGAGUAGGUUUCCCUCUAAGCCCUACUAGCAAGAAUAAUACAGAAGGUAAAAAGGGGAAGGUUGCGUCAAAGAAAAAAGCUAAAUACUAAAAUCAUAAAUUUAAAAAAGAGUCCAAUAACAAUGUCAGAUUCACACCACAAAAAUGCCAAAAAGAGAGAGAAACGUCCUAAUACAAAUCUUGCUGGAGGGAUAAUCUACAGUCUUUGGGAGGAAUGUUCUCUGUGGGAGCCAAAUGGGAACAACUUGUGGGAUCCGUAUGUGGAAACAAAGAAAGGAUGAUGGUGCAAUACAUCCAAUAAAAAUCAGAUUAUAGAAGCAACAGGGUCUAACGCCAUCCUACUCAUGUUUGGUAUAAACCAGCUCUAAUAUGAAUGGCAUACAACGGUUCAAUCCCAACUUAUAGGAUACGUGAUGAAAUGUAAAUAUCAGAGUAGUUUGUAUACCAUAAAUGGGUAAAAAAAAAAAAAAAGGGAGACAACUAAUAGUGCUCACUGUGUAAAAUUUUUUGAUAGAAGUAUAAAAAUAAAAGUGUGUUCUCGCAUUUGGUUGAGCAGGCGGACUGCUCAGUGAUUCAGGCGUGAGUCGUAUAAUCCCCACUUAGGAUUUGUUGGAGUAAUACUCAACUGGAAUCAUAAAAUCCGGAUACCAAACAGCAACAAAAACCUUUUUUUACCUCCACUUGAGAAAACCUCUAUAGGUGAAGCGUGUUGUGGAUAUUUUAAUAUUGUGUUUAAUAAAGGUACUUUGGCUACUUUUAACUACAUUGAUUGUGCAAUUUUACUUUUUUAUCACCUUUUGCUACUAUUUUUAUUUUUUUACUGUCGCUGCUUGGUAAACAGAUUUUAUGAUUCCAAUUGAGUAUUACUCCAACAAAUUCUAAGUGGGGAUUAUACGACUCACGCCUGAUUCAUUGAGUAGUCCGCCUGCUCAACCAAAUGUGAGUACACACUUUAAUAUUUAUACUCCUAUCAAAAAAUUUUACACAGUGAGCGCUAUUAGUUGUCUCCUGUUUGUUUACCCUUUUAUGGUCUACAAAUUAUUGCGAUAUUUACAUCUCAUCACGUAUCCUAUUAGUGGGGAUUGUACCGCUGUAUGCUUUUCGUACUAGGGCUGGUUUAUAGCUCUAUCAAACAUGAGUAGGAUUGCAUUAGACCCUGUUGCUUCUAUAAUUCAAUUUUUAUUGGACGUAUUGCACCAUCAUCCUUUCUUUGUUUCCACAUACGGAUCCCACAAGUUGUUCCCAUUCGGCUCCCAUAGAGAACAUUCCUCCCAAAGACUGUAGAUUAUCCCUCCAGCAAGAUUUGUAUUAGGACCUUUCUCUCUCUUUUUGGCAUUUUUGUGGUGUGAAUCGUACAUUGUUAUUGGACUCUUUUUUUAAAUAUAUAAUUUUAGUACCGUAUUUAUCAUUUUUCUUUGGCGCAACCUUCCCCUUUUUACGAUUUUUUCUAAUAGUCUACUCUGUAUUAGCCUGUGACAGACCUUUACUAUCACUGCUCAAUUUCAUACAGUUCGCACCCAAAACAUUGUUUUAUGACACUCAAGUUGCACAAAACAUUCCCGAGUAGCAGAUAGUGGCUCUGUCACCUGGUGAUGGUGGAUUCAGGCAAAAUGUGCUGCAGGCCCAUAUUUUUUUUAAUUUUUAAUUCUUUAUUUUAUUCGUACACAGCUUAGACAUGUAGGAAUGCACUGCCACAACUGCAGGUUCCUUUGCAGCGUUAAACAUUGUAUAGUAGUUGUGUGGCAUGAAAAAUAGUGUACAGUUUUUAGUUAUGUAGAAAGACAUGGUGUAGCAUUAAUCAUUGUAUAGUAGCUGUGCAGCAUGAAAAACAGUGUAUUUUUUAGUUAUUUAGAGAGACAUGGUUGCAUACACAGCCUUUGUGUCUUAGUUUAGAAUAGUUGUUUACUCGCUAUUUGGUCAUGUCUAGACCUUGUUUUUGCGUUGCUUGUCCUCGCUCUACUAACUUGACAUGAAAAUGGUUAUGCUACUUCUAGCUUUAAAUGAGCAUGAAACCAAAGCGAACACGUGGUAACAACAAUGAGUUUAAACAUGUGAAAAUAAAGAGUCUAUUUUGUCGAGAAACUGGGAAAAUAAUAGAAGAUACCUGAACCGAUGCUGAGCCUAACAAGUGUCUGUCAAUUGGCCUUUGUUUCGCUUGAGUCAGCCUAUGUUGGGUGAACUGGUGUCCUGCACUAAUGCCUAGUGUGUGUGAGGUAUAUAAAAAUUAUGGCAACUUAUUUGUAAGCUGUAGCGGUGUCAACUCUUAGACCAGAUUAAGCAAUAUACCCAACAGAAUCUCCUUAUGGUAUUCAUGAGCAGGGUGCCCUGGUUUACCAGGCUUGCAUAUCAGCAGCUAGAGUCCCGUUCCUAUAGUUCAGGAAUGCGGAAUGCGGUGGGCGCCUUAGCCUAUGCCUCUAACUGUAAUGACUCGAUUCUCGUUGGCAUAGAUCUUGUCGGUGGGGCCUCUUGGCUUGAAUCCAGCUUCUGUAUUGUGCGGCAAGCUUCCUUCCGCCAUGCCCUCGGGGCGUAGAUUUGUGCCCUUCUGGUCUGGACCUCUGCGUUUAAGUAAGUGGUGUGGUUGUAGGGGAUAUUCGUUGGCCCGGCUCCAGCUUGUGUAGGGGCGAGUAUAUGCGCUUGGGUGGUAUGAUGUCACCUGCGUGGCGGGUUUUGGCGCCGGCGCGGCCGCGUGGUCACUGUGAAGGCCUGGAGUGGAUACCUGUAAUGGCGCCGGAAAGUUCUUGGGCGGACCCACGAGGUGACCAUUGUGGCUGCUCGGUGGUGCGGCAUGCCGCGGUGGCGAAGUAUGGACCAGAGGUCCAAUCAGAGUGAAUCAAAGGUGUCCAUGGGGUGAGUGUAUGAAUGAGGGCUUGUGCCCGUUGUCCCUGGCCCUUGCUGAGCGGCCAUCUUUGGUGUGCCUCGGAUUGUCAGUGACUCUGCAGGCGGUGCGGCUGGGGAACUCAUCUGCAGUUUCAGUUUUUGUGUCCUGUGGGGACCGGGAUAACCCCCACCAGCCCGGGGUGGGGGGAUCAGAGACCAGCUAUGUCACCUAGGGGGUCCAGUGUCGGAGAGAGCGGCUUCCUCUUCACAACUCCCACAGGCUGCGCUUAGUGACCCGCUUUUCUGGCUCAGACGGGCGUGUAUGAGGUAUCGCUAGAUUCAGGAGAGCACCCCCGACAUGGGUGAUGCACCAUGGUAGGUCCUUGGGCUGUUAAGCCGUUGAUUGUGCCCUGAUGUUAGCCCAUUUAGCAGGAGCUUGAGGGAAGGAAGGGGUUAAUCCCUUAUCUUUUUUCCAGCGCUGGGCUCCCUCGGCGCUGGGACUCUCCUACCUCUUCUGACGUCCCUGGCUGAAGAGCCACGCGCGCAUUCAGCCAGUCUCAUAGGAAAGCAUUCUCAAUGUGUCUUCUUACUGUGAAAAUCACAGUGAGAAGCGCGGAAGCGCCUCUAGCGGCUGUCAAUGAGACAACCACUAGAGGCUGGAUUAACCCAUUUGUAAACUUUGUUUACAGCAAAAAGGGUUAAACCUAGCUGGACCUGGCACCCAGACCACUUCAUUAAGCUGAAGUGGUCUGGGUGCCUAUAGUGGUCCUCUAAGCAGUCAGGCUCCGCCCCCUCUGCAGGCCCAUAUUUAACUGCAUUGGCUCUCCACCUAGGAGAAGUACAGGACAUUACACCCCAUAAGUACUGCAGCAGCACUCAGCAUAUGGGUAAUACAAACAAACCUCUCUGCUGAGCAUCCUGGCAAAAAUGUGUUCUGGAUGUGGCAUGCCUACUGUUUGCAUACACAUAAAUGAAGACACAGAGGACAAUUUCAUCUUGUUUUUGAGUGUCACUGGGCAGCGAUGGCACAACCCUUGAGUAUUCCAAUGCGUAACAGUAAGAACACAGUGCCCGGAUAAGACAAACAUGGUUUGGUUUAGUGAAUGAUACAUUGCUACAUUAAGAGUAGGAAUAAUAUGUGGUCAUUUUUAGAGGAUGUGAUAGGAGCAUGUUGACAGUUUUAUGCCUGUAGGGGAGGGGAACCUCAAUGCCACAAAACUAUAGCAUCUCUAUAAAUGAGGCAUCCUCAGCGGACACAUGGAAUAUUGUGUUUAAAAAAUAUUAAGACAUAAAACCCAAAGGGUAUUUGUUGAUUUUUGCCAGUUUGCCCAUUGGACAUGUAGAAAUAAUUACGUAAAAAUAAACCUGCAUAAAUAUAUAAAAUUUAAAAUGAUCAGUUAUCAGCAGUUUUGACCGUUUGCCUUUUGUGCCGUCUAAUAUAUUGAAUAUGUCUGAAUUAGUUUCAUACUUAAAAUAAUAAAAAAUUUAAAAAAUUUAAUUGGGCAGAGCCCUCUUCACCUAGUAUGCCAUAUGUUUACCUGUUGUACAGCGCUGUGGAAUAUGUUGGCACUAUAUAAAUAAUUAUAGUUGUAAGAAUAUAUAUUUUUGUAUUUAUUCUGACAUUACAAUGUAAAAAUGUGUUACACUGGCAAAUUGCACUUCUUGAUAAACACCUGCAGGAUUGAGCAGUGAGGCUGCAGGGGCAUGUUCUAUACACCAAAACUGCUUCAUUAAGCUAAAGUUGUUCAGGUGACUAUAGUGUCCCUUUAAGAUAAGAAGUAUAUCAAGGAUUAAGGAUUUUAAAGGAUUUGACUCGUUGUCUCUAGGACAAUAAUCCAACCUUAUGUAAAGCAUUGACCUCUUGGUUUAAACAGACGUCACCAGGCCCGGACUGGCCAUCGGGCAUACCGGGCAAAUGCCCGGUGGGCCGCGAUGGCCGUGGGGCCGAGGCCGGCAGGGAGAUCACAGGAUCUCCCCGGCCGGCUCCUGCAGGGCCAGCGCUACCCGAGCGCCGGCCCCGCUGUGUGCCUCCAUGGGCCGGUGGGGAGAUCAAAGAUCUCCCUUUACCGGCCCAGAGACACUUCCAGGCGGCCGCUUGCUGGGGUGUGAGGGAGGGAGGGAGGAGAGGACCGGCGGAGCUCUAACAAGCAGCUCCGCCGGGUCCUCUCGCGGGAUUCUGAGCGUUGCCGCGGUUACCGCGGCAACGCUCAGAUCUCGCGAGAGUGAACUCUAGCCUACAGGCUAGAGUUCACGCUCACCACUAGGACCACCAGGGAUCAGGCAGCAUGGCUCUCCCAUGGCAGAACGGCUCCCCCCCUCCCAGGCAAAACGGCCCCCCCCUCCCAGGCUAAAGGUAAGAAGGGAGGGGGGGGAUAUAACUUUUUUUUAAAAUUAUUAUUAUUAAUUUUAAAAAAAAUCACACUCACACACAUCACCCCCAGACACACACACAGCACCCAGACACACACACAGCACCCCCAGACACACAACACCCAGACACACACAGUACCCAGACACACACAGCACCCCCAGACACACAACACCCAGACACACACACAGCACCCAGACACACACACAGCACCCAGACACACACACAGCACCCCCAGACACACACCCCCCAGACACACAACACCCAGACACACACAGUACCCAGACACACACAUCACCCCCAGACACACAACACCCAGACACACACAGUACCCAGACACACACAGCACCCCCAGACACACACAGCGCACUCAGGCACACAGCACCCUCGCUCACACACACACACACACACAUAUAUAUAUAUAUAUAUAUAUAUAAAAUAACUCUCAGUGAGUUAACAGACAAAGAAAAUUAGAAUGUGACGGCAGAUAAAAACACCCUCACACACAGCACCCCUCUUACAUACACACACACUGCGCCCCUCACACAUACAAUACGUCCAAAUAUAUAUAUGUAUGUAUAUAUAUAUAUAUAUAUACACACACACACACACACACACACACUACAGCACUACAUACAUUACGCUCCAGAUACACGCUAGAUCCCUUACCUUAUAUGCACUCUUAAUCCUCUAUACACACACACACACAAUCUCCUAUACACACUCUCGGUCCUUUACACACUAGAUCUCCUACACACACACUGCACCACCUACACACACACUACAUUCCUUGUCAGCAAACACAUACAACAUUCUCUAAACACACCCUCUCUACAACCCCUACACACACUAAGUCACCUAUACACACACACUACAGCCAUAUGCACACACUCGCUACAUCCCCUAUAACACUAUGCCACCUAUACACACACUCUCUACAGCCCCUAGCCACACAUAUUACACCACAAACACAUAUGAAAUUGACCUAUUUACACAAUACCACACCACACUCUACACACACGCAAUCCCACAAGCAGGCUCCAAACACAUGCACCAUACACUUUCCUGGCCCUUUUGUCCUCUGGUAUCCCACUUGUUGAGACACCAGAGACAAUUUAAAAGCAAACACAGCGCAAGCAUGUUAUUAGAUUUGCUUGCGCUGCGCAGAACAAAUACAGGGCCAUUUUCUAAUGCCAGAGCUCUUCAGCGCAGCUCUGCGCAUUGAACCAACAUGCUCACUUUGAGAGGAGGCGUGCUUGUCAUUAGUGAUGACAAAACACACCCUCUCUGGCCCCGCCCUCUUCUUAGGGGGCCGCUCUGAUUGAAAAAUGCCCGGGCCUAAUUUUUUCCCCAGUCCGGCCCUGGACGUCACAGUAGAAAACCAAGGUUGGAUUAUUGUCCUAGAGACAACCAGUCAAAUCCUUUAAAAUCCUUAAUCCUUGAUAUACUUCUUAUCUUAAAGGGACACUAUAGUCACCUGAACAACUUUAGCUUAAUGAAGCAGUUUUGGUGUAUAGAACAUGCCCCUGCAGCCUCACUGCUCAAUCCUCUGCCAUUUAGGAGUUAAAUCCCUUUCUUUAUGAACCCUAGUCACACCUCCCUGCAUGUGACUUGCACAGCCUUCCAUAAACACUUCCUGUAAAAGAGCCCUAUUUAGGCUUUCUUUAUUGCAAGUUCUGUUUAAUUAAGAUUUUCUUAUCCCCUGCUAUGCUAAUAGCUUGCUAGACCCUGCAAGAGCCUCCUGUAUGUGAUUAAAGUUCAAUUUAGAGAUUGAGAUACAAUUAUUUAAGGUAAAUUGCAUCUGUUUGAAAGUGAAACCAGUUUUUUUUUUUCAUGCAGGCUCUGUCAAUCAUAGCCAGGGGAGGUGUGGCUAGGGCUGCAUAAACGGAAACAAAGUGAUUUAACUCCUAAAUGGCAGUGAAUUGAGCAGUUAAAUUGCAGGGGAAUGAUCUAUACACUAAAACUGCUUUACUGAGCUAAAGUAAUUUAGGUGACUAUAGUGUUCCUUUAACCCAAGGCAGUAAAAGAAAAACAACUAGUUUAACUGCUACUACAAGCUUGAUUUAAUGCUGUAAAAUAAUAUCAUAUAAAGCAUUUGGCACCUACCUCCUAAUGACCCUUACUCUCUGAUGUAAGCAUUUUAACGUCACACAACCAUUUAUAUAGGUUGGUUUAAUCCCUUAAGGACCAAGCUUCUGGAAUAAAAGGGAAUCAUGACAUGUCAUGUGUCCUUAAGGGGUUGAAGACAACAGAGCUAAAUGCUUGAUUUUGCAGUGGAUUUUUUUAAAGACAGCAAAACUUAAAAAAAAUAACUUUAUGACGUCAAUUACAUCUCUACAUUGUUCCAUUCAAAUAUAUAGAUUUCAUUUUAUACUUAAUGUAUUAUAUUUUUUUGUCUAAUUUGACCUCACCCUAUGUGCUGGCAUCCUUCAUAAUAAUUAUACGUGGCUUUUCUUAAUUUUUUUCUUCCUGGUGAGGUUUAAAAUUUGAAUUUUAGUACGUAAAUCUCACCUUUUCUUUUUUUUUUAAUUCUUUAUUUUUUCAUCUUGGCAAUGGUAGUCAGGUAACAUUAACGUGACGGCUUGUGCAAAAGCCUGAUAAAUAGUAAACAAGUUCAAUUGUAUUUAUACAUGUGCUAAUAUAAUGCAUAGACAGUAAGUUAUGGUACCGAUAAGCUAAUUAAAAAAAAAAAUCUCACCUUUUCUUGUGCAAUAUGAUUGUAUAACUGAUUAGAGACUUCACAUGUCUGAAUCAAACUGUUCUAUGUACACUCCUAACCCUAUGAAACAAUAAAUGUAUUUUUGACAUUUUGUUAACUUUCUUCCUUUUUUGUUCUUUUCUAUUGCAGAUAAGCUAUAAAUACUUAAUCAUUGCUCUCGGUAUCAAAUUGCAGUUCGAAAAGGUAAGAUAUUUUUUCUUUGAUUUCACUCAUACAGUUAAACAAUCUGAGGUUUGCAAAGAUUUAAAACACUUUUAACUAUGGAUAACUAAAGUUAAACGUCUGGCAACCAAAUUGCAUUAAAUGGACACUAUGCAACCAGUGUCAGUGAAGAGGCCUGGGUGCUAUGUCCCUAUAGUUUUGUCUGUGCAGAACAACAAUAUUUAUAUUGUAGGGUAAAUGCUCUAUUGGCUAUCACUCAGACAGCCACUGGAGGUGCGUCUGAUGAAAUUGCAGAGUAAAACUCUGCGUCAAUCCGAUGGUGUCAGAGAAACCGUCUGAGUGGCACAGUGUGGCAUUUUGACGCACAUGCGCACUAGCCUCCCAAUGUUUUCCUUAGCCAACGCGUUGGGCCAGUCAUGGAGAGUGCAUCUUGACUUGGGAGAAAAGGUAAGUAAAAUAGUUUUUACUCCUUAUGGGGGCAGUCGUAUAAAUAGUGACUAGGGCUCUAUAGUGUUAAGAAUACCCAUUUAUAUUUCUAAUGCUGUAGUGUUCCUUUAAGCCAUGAAAAAAAUGCAGAAUUACUGCAGUAUGUUCUUUGUUUCCAAGAGGAAAAUAUAUCGAAAUCCUGUAUGCACCAUCCAAGAGGAAAAUAUAUUAGAAAUAAUGUAUGCACCAUCACAAUGCAGUUUAGAAACUGUCUAUACUUUGUGCUGACCAUAUUCUAACCAUAUUCUAGCAGUAGACUAGACCCUGAACAUCAUUAAAGAGUUUAAGGGCACACAGACCACUGCAUCUAUAGGAACAGCAAUGUCUACAUUACAGGGUUAAAAUGCCUCGAGUGGUUGUCACUCUGACAGCCACCAGAGGCACUUCCUCUGAAGUAGCUGAGUAACACUCGGCUAUUUCAAUAAAAUGGUUUCAUAGAGACCAUCUGAAUGUUGCAGCGGUUUGCUGCGAAUGUGCAAUAGUCUCCCAAUUCUUUCCUAUGGUAAAGCAUUGGAUUGACUGAGAUCAUCUACACUGACUCACCCUUCCAACUCUCAUAAGGCAGGGUUGACUCUAGUAUAGAUAGAUUAUAACUAUAUGGUAAGGAAUACAUGUUUGUAUCCAUAAUGCUAUAGUGUUCCUUUAAGGGAGCUUCUCGGCAAAUCACAGACUCUGAUUUACUGCUGAUAUCUCAUGCUCUCUUUUUUAUCAUUUACUUGUAUUUAGGUUUUGAAUGACAUUAACAGAACACUAUCGUGUUAGGAAUACAAACAACAUAUCUACAAAAUGUUUUACAUUGCAGGACUAAAAAGACAGGACCAUUGUACCCGAACACUUAAUUGAGAUUAAGUGGUCUGGAUGUCUAAAGUGGGCCUUUAACCUACCUGCAUUGUUUUCUUAUGGAUAUUCAUUAAUGAUAUUGUUUCAUUACUCUCUCGGGUCACUGAUCCUGUUUAAGAGUCUGUAAAGACAGGACGUACCUGGACGUUUGGUCGGAUGAGACAUUUUGAUUUUGUUUUUAGAGAGCACACUGUAUUCCUCAUAAAUUCUGAUCACUUUGGUCACAUUGAUACAGAAAGAAACCUGGGAGAAGUGAAGAUUGUGGUGGGUUUGCAAGCAUGUGCCCCAAUCUUCUUGAUGACAUUGGAAAAGAAGGAGCUUAAAUUAAUUUUGAUUUUGAAAUUUUGCCUUAAUAUUAGGGGCCUUGAGCUUUUCUAUUACUUUAAUAUUUUUAGAUCACUAUUUCAGGCAGUCCAAUCUCGAUUUCAUAUUGCAAAUCAGUAGCAAUAAUCAUAGUCUUUUAAUUAAAAAGCUAUAAUUUCCUGCUGGAAGAUAAUUGUCAGCACUGUAUGCAAUGCCAUCUAGGUUACACAUGGCAAAUUCCCAGAGCUCCUUGCCUUAAUGACGCAUGUGAGAUUAUCAGACAAAAGGAUACAUGAAUCAUAUCAGCUUUAUAACAAACAUCAUAACUCCUGGAGAACAAAUGGCAGACUGUGUCCUAAAACUCUGUUAUCAGUUUGACAGAUGCUAAAAAAAAAAAAAAACCUCACACUUCUCAUAAAUGUCUACUCUGGGCAAUUAUUCCUAUUUAUUCCUAUUCCUUAGGAUAUGUGUGCUUGAUUUUAUUAGAUUUUUGUGUUAGUUACCACACAACAUGUCUUUAUUUGUUUUUGAGGUCUGAAAAAUAAAUGUAAUGUGGAAAUCCACUAUACUUUAUUUCCCUCAAGCCUGGAACAGAGUACCUCCAUUUUGGCUCCCUGUCAAAUAUUGUUAUAAGCGCUGUCCUUUCCUGUAAUUAAAAAAAACAGAAUGUGCCCCUGCCAGCCAGCAGUUAGAGAGAAGAGGUGAAGCAAUGUUUUUAUUUAUCCUACUUUAAUGCACUGUGUUCCUUGUCUGCUCCAGGACUAAACUGCAUUCUAUUGCCAAGUGCAAAAUCUUUAACAUAAAUUUAAAAGACAACGAAACAUCACACAAAAAAAAGGUUUUAACGAAAUAAAACAAAUUUCAAUGUUUUUGUUUUAUUGGGUGUUGUAAUUUCCAGGAAAGAGACAGUCCUCCUUUAGCCGUAAAGUUAUCCCAAGCAUUAAUGAUGAAUGUCAUGGAGCUACUUCCUUAGUUUUUGCCAGAGUUUUUGAUAUGGUUAACAAUAAUAUUCCACUAGAUAAAUCCAGCAAGCGAUGCUAUUAAUUAUUUACUAAUCUAGUUCUGUCCCAUCUUAUCAGCCAGAACUCACUAUGUUUGGCAAUUGUUCUCUUCCUUUAAGGCAGCUCUGUCACUGUCUUAGUAUAAUUUGCAAUGAUCCCUGACGGUGACUGCCCCUGUGGUGGCCCAGGUGGUGCAGUGGAAGCUGAGUUUUACUUACCUAAAGUCGUCGCUCAUAGCUACUGCUGUGGUCUUCCUCCCAGUCCUCUUUAGCUCUUGGCACUCCAGCGGUCAGGAGCCCACAUCAGUGUUGCACUCUCGCGCAUGCAUGUCUAUGAAGUCUAUGGAGGAUCCCGCGAGAUUGCCUUAUCCUCCGUAGACAAAACCUUUUCCCUACAUUUUAUCGUUGUGCACUAUUCAUUUUGGAGGGGGGGAACAACACUGCUGCCUUAAGUUUCCAAUAGGGUCUUCCAAGGUUUUAUUGUAGAACCCCUCUCAAAAUCAUUAUUUUGAAACAGCAGUCACAGUUUUCCGUGGUUAAAUGAUCCAACAUUAUGUGUAGACUGCAUCAUAACCUACAUUAAGAAACAAAAUGUAUCACAACCAGCAGGUGUAUGGCAGGUUUAAUUCUCAGAAAUGUAAUGAUGGAUCACUAAAACAAACUGAUCUUAAAUAUUCACAAAAAAAGAUCAGCUGAUAUUUAGAAUAAAGUAAAGAGAAAUCAUACUUAACAAUUUAGAAUAAAAAUGACACCAUUAUGAUUUGAGCCAGGAAAUCCUAUAAAUUUCUUGUGUGAAAUUAAACCUUCCACAGGCGUUCGUACUGGUGAAUGAUCAUAUAAACCUUAUCCCGAAAUAAUAUAUUAUUUUAGAGAGAAAUCUAGCUUAAUUCCCCUGCUUAAUACACUGCAGGGUGCCUCAAAUCUCAAUUAAAGUAAUAAAAUAUAUGAAUUAUCCAACUAAAAUCAACCUCAAUAAAACAGUUUUUUUGACUGUAUUUUGCCGCUUUAGUUUCCAUAGUAAUUACCCAACUUACUAGGGUUUAUCCAAUAAACAGCAAAUUGCGAUUAACUGAAAAUCAAAUUGCUUAAUUCAGGUUAACGUAGCCUGUCACUAUAUAGCUAAGAUAGAAACUUUUUCCAAAGCUGAUAUAUUUGGCUAAACUUAUCAGCUUGGUUUUAAUUACAGUACCAAUUGCUGUUCAGUGAAUAAGGUCCAGAAUGGUGAUAUUUUAAAAUAAACUGCUGAUACUCAGAUCCAGACAUAAGACCUUCUUUAAAAAAGUAAACGUUACUGCAGAAAGUAUAAAACCCUAGGAAUCUGCAAUUAUUAUUAUUAUUAUUAUUAUGUUAUUUAUAUAGCGCCAUCAAAUUGCGCAGCGCUUUACAAUGGGUGGACGAACAGACAUGUAGUUGUAACCAGAGAAGUUGGACACACAGGAACAGAGGGGUUGAGGGCCUGCUCAAUGAGUUUACAUGCUAGAAUGAGUGGGGUAAAGUGACACAAAAAGGUAAGGAUAGUAUUAGACUAGUGACAGUUGCAGAAGAGGAAUCAGUCAGGAGCUAUUAACAGUUUCAUUGAUACGCUUUUAUUAAGAAGUGGGUUUUUCACGAUUUUUUUAAGGAAUACAUGAACUUCAAAUGUAGCUCUCAUUUUGUACUUUAGUUUAUCUACUUGCCUUUUUAAUGCGUAAUUAACUUGGCACAUUAAAACAAGGGGCUUAAAAGCCUGAUAUGUAAAUACUUGAAAGAUCCACUAGGUGGAAGUAUGCUCACAAUUUAUCCUUCAUGUCUUGGCCAUCAGUACAAGUUACAAAUAACCAUUUCAAAAAAUAGUUAUUCUUGAUUGUGUGUUGAUCUAUAAUUCAUUCUUAAAACCCACCUUUAAGACAGUAUUCAUUCUGAAGGCAUAACUGAUAUAUUUUCUACUGUGUAUACUACUGCAAGUAAGCAAUGGAAAAUGGGCUUAAUAUAUUCUUUUAAUUCAAAAUAUUAGUGUCAUUUUACGAGCCAUAAAAUAUUAUUUUACUGUUAUUUAUACUUUCCUUACUAGCCCCACAUUUUAGAAAAUCUAAAAAAUACUAUGUAUCAUCUGCCAGACAUGGAGUCUAAAAGUUGAUUGGACAUUUCGGUAACACAGGCUAGGGUGGGUAUAAAUUAUUGUCAUAUACAGAUUAGCCAAUUUUGUGUUGAUACAUUUAAAUGAAGUUACAUUUACAUAUGUUUAACAGUUGUAGGAAAAAGUUGACUUUAUGAGCUACAGAGUGUACAGAAUUUGGCCAUGAGUUUAUAUUAUAUGUGUUCUGUUCUGUUUUUCUUGUAGGUUAAAGGUUUGCCGGAAGGUUUUCAGUAUCCCAAAAUCGGUUCCAACUACUCUGUAAAAUAUGUGGAGAAGACGUGGAAAGCUCUGCAGGAUUUUAAAAAGGGAAAUGCCAUAUUUACCUUUCCAAAUACUCCAGUGAAAUGCGCAGGGGCACCCCAAAAAAUCAUGUACUUGUCAGAGGCUUAUCUCAGGAAAGUAAGUUCCCAAUACUGACUGUGUAUUGUGGUGAUCAGGAGGUUUAUCAAGAUUUUAUAUGCAUCAUAGCAUGGAUGUUUUAUUUGGUGAGAGAACAAACCUCAGACUUUGUAAAGAGUCUCUACAAACACCAUAUCAAUUUAUUUUUUAUUGCAUGUGAUAUAGUACAAAGAGAUCCCAUGUUUCUAGGCCCCGACUGGCAUCUGGAAACACAGGCAAAUGCCUGGUCUACGAUGUCUCCAUGGCCUGAGGCAGACUGGGGUGAUCAAAUGAACUUCCCUACUGGCCCAGACAGGAUCAAAAUUAUUGGGGCAGCAUGCAGCAUCCCAAAGAGGGUACUCUAUGGACAAAUGGGAGAUCAAAGAUCUUUACACUUUAAUAUUGGAAUCCCUGGGAGUAUGUCUAAACUGCUCAUGCACUGUGAGCCACUCAGUGUGUUGCCAUCAAGCUACCUACUGGAGAUGUAAACCACUUGCUUUGCCCACCAGUCCACUGUGGAACAGAUUCCAAUUCCCCUCUUUCUGGACAAAGGUAGCAAGAAGGAAGGGGAAAUCUUUUUUUCUUUUUCUCUCUUAAAGGGACGCUAUAACAUUAGGAAUAUCAAACUGUAUUACUAACCCUAUAGUAUCCCUGUCCCUAUCCUAAUGCAAAUGCUUGGCGAGCGUCACACGCAUAAUAGAGCUUCACUAUAGGAAAACAGUGAAUCAGUGCUUUCCUAUAGGGACUUGGUAUACCUUAGCAUGAGGAUGUCCCACGUCAAUUCUCGGAAUUAGACUCCCUUAGAAACCAAGUGUCUCUAGUGGAAGACAGAAAUAUAACAAAUAUGUGCACAAUGUGGAAGACAGUUAAUAUGAAACUCUAGUGGAAGACACCUACCAGUGGUUGUCUUAACCCUGCAAUGUGAACAUUGCCAUUUCUCUGAAACCCAGACCACUUCAGUUAGAUAAAGUGGUACCUAUAGUGUCCCUUUAAUAAUAGUUUUUGUUUGAUUUAACCUCCCUAGCCCCAGUUCAAGAACAAACUCCAAACAUCCUCCACCACACUCACUACAAACAGACCCCUUCACACACAACUAACAACCUAUCUACAAACAGACACACACUACAAACAACCCUAUCUACACACACUAUACAGACAGUCCCUAUACACAGACACACUACAAACACUACAAGCCCCCUUUCACACACACACUACAGCCAGACCCUACCAACACACACUACACACCGUCCUUGUCUAAAUAGUUACUACAAACAGCCGUCACACAUAUGCAACACUCUAGAGAGCCUUCCCACACUUGAGCAACAACGCACUUUGGCUCCUUUGCAAUUCUGCUCUCUCUUGCCCCAUUGAUGAGGAGACCAAAGACAAGUCACCAGGAAAUGCAGCAAUAAGCAUGUCAUUGAAUAUGCUUACCCUACUGAAAUCAGGAAAGUAACCUGUGCAAGAGCACUUUAGCAGGUCUGUCUCUACAAUUCACACUUUAGUAAAUAACCUUGUUUGAGUGUUAGAAUGCUUUCUCACCAAAAAUUACAAGAGAUUAUAAAGAAACUUGCUAUAUCCCAAGAUUCUCUAUAGAUAGUUAAUACUGAAGGGACAUUACUUGCAUAGCCUACACUUUGCUGUAAUCAUUUUUAUGUUACAUGUUUUUGUGUGUGUGUGUGUGUGUGUACCUAUGGGGGCCAUUUUAUUAUCAUUAUUAUUGGCAUUUAUAUUUCGCCAUCUUAAUCCGCCACGCUUUUACAAUUUUACGAAAAGGGGGAUAUUUAACAUUAAAUGAGACAAUUAGAAAUUGUUACAGGAAAAAUAGGUUGCCGAGGACCCUGCUUGAAUAAGCUUACAAUCUAGAGGAAGUGGGGUAUAAAAACCACAAAAGGAAGAGCAGUGUAGAGGGCAACAACCAAGCAACAGAGUGGGAGAGUAGCAGAAAUGGAGUGUGAGAGUGGAGUGUGGCCCUUUGAAACAGGUUUUUAAAAUAAAAAUAACUAUGGGGGGACUUUGGUAGAGUCUGUUUUUUUAUAUUUGUCCAUUACGUGUUCUAAUGGACGGUGUGCAGUCAUAAACAGUCAUUAUAUUCAAAUGUCAUUUAGGUCCAACAACACCAGAUCACAGAUACCUGGCUUCUAGACUAGUAAUGUAUUAUAUUAUAUCUCAAUCAAUGAUUAAAGCAUAUGUUGGAAAUGUGAAUUAUAAAGGAUUUUUUUUUUUUUAAAUCGUAUUUUAUCCAAGAGAUAGUAAAGAUCAGAAUGAGCAUGCAGACUCUGAAAAAGUAUAACCACAAUAUGGCAGUAGAUACCGGUUACAUAAAAUCAAAUGUGAAACUUUGAGAAUAUACAGUUAAGGUGUAAAAAGACUUAGCAACAAUGGGGGCUGUAGUACAUCCAGAUGCAGAUCUAUCAACCUAAAGCGGUGGAAUUUGAGAAAGAGGAUUCCUUCGUUCAGGCCGUGCUCACCGUAUAAUCAAGGCAUGUCUGAAAUAUUGCCUACUUAGUGUAGGGUCAACAGUUACUGGUUCUAAAUAAUGUAGGACUGUACCACCUAUUAUUGUGAUCCGUGGAGGUUGUGUAUUCCAGAUCAAGGGUCUCUGACUAGUGAGCUAGUAUGCACCCGUAGUGUAGCCACGUCUUCCACCGCACACGGAUAUGCAUUUCGGGAGAGCCUGUGUCUAAGUCUGGUUCAGUUAUGGGAGGUUGCCCCUAGAAGAAAAAAGGCAGUGGAUGUGAGUGGAUAUAGGAGGAUAGAAAUACAGAGAAAUGAGAGGGGGAGGAUAAGAAGCAGUAGGAUUAGGUGGGUCAGGGUUAUGGAGAGGGGGAAGGGAACCGUAAGUCAUCGUCUACAGGCCCCGUUGUAAAGCGACCCGCCAGCAGCAUCGUCAGCGCCAGUACUCAUCUUGUCUGCUAUAUACAUAAACCAGGGCAGCCAGCGCUCCGCGUGUUUGUCACCCAAGCCCAGUAAUGCGGCCUGGGUUGCUUCCGAAGCCUGAAUGUCCUCCACUUGUCCAACUACUGUUCCCUGUUGGGGGCAAUUGUUUGUUUCCAUAGGACAGGUAUCAUUGAUUUUGCCGUGUUGAGGAGGUGCCUAGUGAUUGUUUUUUUUGUAUGUUGAAAUCGGUGCUGGGGUAAGGUGCAGCGGUGCUAGUUCAGCAGUAAGUUUUUUGUGGUUCUCUACAGAAGUUGGACAAAUUGUCCUGUACCAUAUCCCAGAAAGGUACGAUUUUGGAGCAGCUCCAGCAGAUAUGUUCGAUCGUCCCUUCGCCUAGACCACAUCUCCAGCAUAUAGGAGAUACAUCGGGAAAUAUCCGAUGAAUGAGGAUAUUAUUAUUAUUGCCAUUUAUAUUAGGAUAGGUGAUACCAGAAAGAUAAUAGUUUGCAAUUAGUUUCUUGAUGUCUGGAGCUGAUUGAAAAUGAAUUAUUAUUAUUAUUAUUGUCAUUUAUAUAGUUCAAACAUAUUCUGCAGUGCUUUACAGUAUUAUUCAUUCUAUUAAUGUAUUAUGACCUGGUCAAUGGUUAAUACAGCAGUCGGAAAUAUUUAUUUUAUUUCUUACAUUGCAGUAUUAAUUAGCAUUAUAGUAUUUCUUAGUAUUAAAAUAAUAUAAUCAAACAUUCUUAUUAGAGUGCCUUUUAUGUAACUGUCAUGUCUCAGUACAGAUGUAGAGACCAUACUGUGCCUCACCACAUAAGAAGUUUAAGGAGCAAUACAGUUUUUUGGAAAAUAAAAUGUAUCCACUACGGUAUGAUGUUAGCAUUCCAGGAGAUACUUGUUAAAAAAAAAUCUCCUAAAUUCUGGAAUCACUGACAAUAGCCUAUCAACCUUUUCCUGAAUUUUAUCAGUACUUCUACUUUUACAUGUGGAUUGUCCCAUUUACCUUCAUGAGGAACACAUAUAUAGCCAAUAAAAUCCUAAGUUUGUGUCCAGUCACCCUUGGGUGAACAAAAUCCAGCACAUGCACCCGGUACAAGUAGAAAUCACUGACGUCCAUUAAAUGAAAAUGUCCCAACUUCCUCUGUGACCCUAUAACCUUAUUGUGUUAUUCUCCACUGUGAAUAGCAACUCAGGUUACCCUUGUUACAAUCCUGUUUGUUGUCCCUUAGAAAGAUCAUAUCUCAGACCUCACCUGCUAUUGUCCUGAGACAUAUUGUGUUGAGGAGGGCCAUCUGUUGAAUUUUAGUCUGGGCAACUGAUUUAGUCAGGACAAGUCCAGCAAGAGAAGACCAAUUAUUUUGCAACUUGACCCCUUCUUGGCCAUCGACUAGCCUUGGGAUUCAAUUAAAUAUAACUAAUAAACAUUGGUUUUGUUUUUUUCCCAUAGACAGGAAAGCGAUCAGAUGCCAAUAUCAUAUUUAACACAUCCCUGGGAGUCAUCUUUGGUGUUAAGAAAUACGCGGAUGCUCUGCUGGAUAUCAUCAGGGAACGAAAUAUCCAGGUGAAUUACAGGCACAAUCUCAUUGAGGUGCGAGCAGAUAAGCAGGAAGCCGUGUUUGAGAACUUGGACAAACCUGGAGAAACCAAAGUGUAUCAGGUAAACCAGGAACGAUCAAGGGCUACAUACAUAAUUAUCUCAUUGCCUGAUUGCCUAUUUUCCAAUACUUGUCACCUGAUUGCAUAUUCUCCAAUACUUGUCACCUGAUUGCCUAUUCUCCAAUACUUGUCACUUGAUUGCCUAUACUCCCCUACUUUUCUGUCUCUUGCUUUUUGCCUUCCUGGCCUAAUUUUGAUUCCUAGUCUCUCCCUCCUUUUCCAGCUACGUCCACCAAUCCUCCCCAUUUGGCACCUGGGUGGGACUGUCUAUUGGCAAUAAUCACCAAACCCUGAAUAUGAAAUUUAUUUUAUGCUUCAUCACCUGCCAUGUCACCCCCUUUUUGUGUAUCUGCUGACCUUCCUUUUGUGUCUGUAAUAAUCCCAGUAUUCCACUUAUGUUUCUUCAAAGCCCCUCACCAGCUUUUAUGUCUCUCUUAACCCUCUUACACCUUGUGUGUCUCUUUACCCUCAACAAUGCAUGUGCCUCCCACCAUCCUACCUCCCAUAUAAAUAUAUAGUGGGACUGCAGUAAAAGGAUUUUCACCCAAGCUAUGAGUGGCAUGUUGGAAGUAUCAAGAGAGAGAAAGGAUUCGGAUCCUCUUUUUAUUCCACUCACAGCUCCCUCUCAGUUGCAGUCCCACAUGGCCUGCUACAAUUAGUGACAGUACAGGAAGGUACUUUGUUUGCUAAGUACACAGGAUUUUAGGAUUUUUUUUAACAAGGUGUACAGACAGUCAAUGAAGAUCGCAGAUCCUGAGGGCCAAUUACAGUGAUCUCAUUUGUUCUUCAUAAUAGGUUAUAAUAUGUUCUGCAGGUGUGCAAGAUGCACAAACUCAGUGACAGCAGUGCACGACAAACAGUAAUAAAAAGAAACAUUAAUAGUAGUAACAUUAAUUAAUUAAGAAGCAUUAAUAAACUUUAGCAUUAGCUAAUUAAGAAGCAUUAAUAGACAAACUAUUACAAUGUGUUUGUUUCAAGGGUUAUAUCCAAAUUCCUUAUCAUAGGUUGUUGUUAUUACUGGGCAUUGCUAUGGCUUUAUUUUAUACACUGAACAAAAUUAUAAAUGCAACACUUUUGUUUUUGCCCCCAUUUUUCAUGAGCUGAACUCAAAGAUCUAAGACUUUUUCUAUGUACACAAAAGGCCUAUUUCUCUCAAAUAGAAUAUAAUAUGAAUGGUACAUGUUUAUUUAAAACCCCAAUUUUUUUUCAGUCUGGAAGAGAGGCUAAUCUUGAAAUGUCAUGGCAGGCAUGAGAUAGUACAUUGCGCCUCUUCUCCAUACAACACCAUGCAAGCACAUUUCAGAAACGCCUCAUACUGUUAUCAACAGACACUGGAAGGCGUUUGACCGAGUUAACUGAUCAUACAUGCUAACCACCCUGAGGAAGAUGGGAUUAGGACAGAGAUUCAUCACCUGGAUAUCUGCCCUGUAUGACAAGCCACGCGCAGCAGUGCGAGUUAAUGGGACCCUGACCACUGACUUCAAGAUUAGCAACGGAACCAGGCAGAGAUGCCCUCUGUCCGUGCUUCUGUUCUCUAUGACUCUGGAGCCUCUACUCCAGGAGAUUCGCCAGAACCCCGAUGUUCAAGGCUAUUCCUGGCAAGGGGUGGAACACAAGGUCGCUGCAUAUGCAGAUGAUCUCCUCUUCUUUGUCUCUAACCUGCAAGUCACAUUGCCCUGCUUGCUUUCAGAGUUCAAAAGAUUUGGUAGGCUUUAUGGAUUUAAGCUCAACUUAAUGAAAUGUGAGGUGCUAAAUGUCACACUCCUGGCGGAGGAAUACACUUCUGGUGCUUCGGUAAAAUGAAGUAGCUUGGAAUAUGGGUAACUACAGAACCACGGGAUGUUUACCAACAUAACUUUGCACUUCUGCUGAAGGGGAUAUUGGCGGACCUGGACAAAUGUCACAUGGCACAGCUGAAUAGCAGUGCUCAAAAUGAAUGUGCUCCCAAGGGUUCUCUACCUUUUCCAGACCAUCCCACUAGCGUUACCGGUGUCCUUUUUUUCCACACUGAAAACAUUGAUCAUUCGAUACGUUUGGCGAGGGGAGAGAUCCUGGUUACGCCACAAGCUGUUAUGUAUGCCACGACACAGGGGAGGCCUGGCACUACCCGACUUCAAAAAGUAUCAUUAGGCCACGGCAUUGCAGCACAUCCUUGAAUGGCACAAGAGUGACACACAAAAACAAUGGGUGGCCCUAGAUAGAUGGGGUGCCGGGGCAAGCUUGAAUUCAGGUGAAUGGAUGAGAAGAUCGGGGGAGAGGAACUACAGGGACAGUGGAGACUCGGUAGUGCAGACAUUGAGAAUGUGGGAAUCGAUUAGAGAACUUCCACAUAUCUCACCUACCCCUAGUGCCUUACUCCCAAUAAUGAACAAUAGCAACAUAGGAGGAGGACUUCCCUCAAGUGCUUGGUCAUUUCUAGAGGAGGGAGAAUAUAUACCUAUAUGCAAAGCCCUGAUAAAGAGCUUGCUACAGGGGCUGCACUCGUUAUUGGAGGGUAGACCAAGGACAUUCCUGUUGUAUUUUCGAUAUAUGCAACUAACACAUUACUAUAACUCCCUCCCGCAUAAAGAACUGUUGCACAGGGACCUCUGUGUGCAGGGCAACACGCUUGACAGGGCAGUCUCCGCACUAUACCAGUACUUUCUGGUGGGGCGCCAUCUGGUGAACAACACCUUCCAAAGGCAAUGGGAUGAACUUCUUGUCACCGUCAUAAUGGGAAAAGGCGCUCCUAUGGCAGCAUAAAAGUUCUAUCAACUAUAAAUUGAUAUCUCUCUGGUACAGGACGCCAGUCCUACUUCAUAGAAUAUUCCCCUCAGUGCCCCUGACCUGCUGGAGAUGCCAAGAGGACAGGGGGGUGCUAAUACAUCUUUGGUGGGAGUGCCGGGACAUUAUUCCAUGUUGGGAACAGAUCAAAACGGAUGUGAGAACGAUCCUAGUAGACGAAACCGAUUGGUCGGCCGAACUGGCUUUACCGCACAUAUCCUCACAGCCGAUCUCCCGCUACAAGAAAAUCAAUCUUACGCCAUUUACUAGAUGCGGCCAAAUCCCUCAUACUGGUUUAUUGGAAGUGGUCUGAGUUCCCUACUCGGGAGGAGUGGAUUCACAGUGUCGAGGACAUCCAGGCAGCAGAGGCACUCCAUGCUUUCCUGGCAGGGAGGGUGUCCAGGCGCACAGAAAAAUGUCAACCGUGGUUCAUGUUUAGGGCAGAUGAUCAGUAGAUAUUGUGGAAUGAUGUGUGGGAGGAAUGUACUGGGGGGGCUCGGGGCUCUCGGAUGUGAACCAUUCUCCCAUCUUACUUCCUCCUACGCCUCUAUUUUUCUUUCUGACACUCUUCUACAUUAAGGGGGCCUCUCUUAUAUUUUUGGCAUUAGGAAGCUGACAAACUCAGGAGGGGUUAUGGAGUCCCGAGAAAACAGGCGAUCCUAAUACGAAUGCUCAGAAACUUAUCCUAGGCCCUACACAUAUUCAACAAUGCUAAAAACCAACAGUAACAAAUUUUAAGACAACAGACAAUGGUAACUGAUAAAUGACAUAUGCCGAAGCAAAUGUACAUAUAGAAUUGCACAUUAACUUCCCUGUUUACCGGCCUGCGAGUCCAUCGUAUUCUUACUUACACUAUGCUUCUCUCUGGGAAUAAUUGUUUAAAUUACAUAACUACAGCUAACAAAUACCUACGCAGUGUUAUGCAACAGCCGUUGCUGGAAAUUUGUACAUGUCAGGUUUCGUAUCAAGUAUACAUAUUGAACUGCAAUCUAUUUAUCAUGUUGAGAGGCCUGCAAGCUUACUCUGUAUCUUUCUAAACAUUUCCUUCUCUUUUUUUAAGUGUUAAAUAAAUCGGCAUAAAUAAAGAUUUACAAAAAAAUAAUAAAAAAAAAGUCUUGAAAUCACCACCCAUUCUUCUAUUCACAGUACGAAAUGCUGCACGUCACCCCACCUAUGGGACCACCAGAUGUGUUGGUGAAUAGUCCAGUGGCAGAUGCAGGCGGCUGGGUGGAUGUCAGCAAGGAUACUCUACAGCAUAAAAAAUACCCCAAUGUGUUUGGCAUUGGUGAUUGCACAAACCUUCCAACAUCGAAAACUGCAGCAGCCAUAGGUAAUAAUAGUAAUAAUAAUCAUCAUCAUAAAUUCAUAUCAGUCAAUUUAUAUCACUGUUUUGCUUUUUAUCUCUGUGUAUAUAAUUAUCUCACAAUAAUUUGAAAUGUAUUAAUGGAUGCAAGUUGACUCCUCUGUUUACAACAAAUAGACAAUGUAAUCAGCAUUAGCACCAGCACACAAUCAGGGCUUCAGACCAAUAUUUUUGUAUCACCAAAAUAUUUUCCAUAGGUAUAUCUCCUAAUGCUUCUCCGCCAUUUCAUUUUAAGUGUAAUUUUGAGAUAAUCCAGGCAAAUAGCACUAGUGUGAACACUCAGGCAUUGCACAUCUGUUUUUGGCAAUCCUCAGAAUUGGCUUCUCCCAGCUUGUCCGUGGUUAGUGUUGAGUGUUUAUCUUUUGAUUGCAUGCCCGCAUCACGUGGCUGAUAAGUCCUGCACAGUGAUCUUGCUACUUACGCUCUGCACAGUUUGUACAGCCAGUGAACGUUCUAAUUCAAUAUUAUGACACAUUGUAUACAGAAAAAACAAUAUGUUCAAAAACAAGCUUUUAUGUAAUUAAGAUACAAAACAAACAAAUACAUAGAUAUUAUGAAUAUUAAGCAGUACGCAUUAUUUUACAUUCCUUUUUUUAAAUAAUUAUACUAUCAGAAACAGGGUUAUUUAUUUAAGUGUCAAUUGUCUAAAGUUCAAAGUAAAUUCUUCGUUAAUUUCACAUUUUAGACCAAAAGAAACAAGUUUUAAAAAGAGAGAGUUUUGGUCUGAUAUUGAAGUCACUUUGAAUGUCUGAUAAUUGACACUUUAAUGAACAUCCCUGAGUCUAUUUGAAUUUGUUCUGAGUGUUUUUUUGCAUUGUUUUAGAUUAUUUAAAUGGAUUUUUUCUAAAUUAAUGUUUAAACAUUCUAGGGUUAUUUCCUAAAGCAGAAUUGUUGUAUGUAUUUCUUUAUUGGAGCAUUGAUAAGGAAUCUGCAAUGUAUAGGUCAUAAUUACUAAGCCGAUAUAAAAGGUCAGUUGGAGAAUUUUCCAUUAUGGGUGUUUUGAUCCAACAUAUGCAGUUCUCUUAACAUUGUCUGCAAUAACUUGAAUAAUGAAAAUUAGUACCCCCAAUAGGUGAUCCAACCCCCCUGCCCCCCACCUCCACCCUUAACCCCAAAAUGUCUGAUGUCUGAUAAGUGUGAGUAAAAGUGGCAAUUGAAUGUUUAAUUAUGAAGAGAAACCACAUUUUAUGGUUUAAAUUUUAUAUGUAAUGUUUGUAACCCCCUCCUUUUUAAGGUGCCAAAAGUAAUUGGAUAAUGGACUAAAAACCUGUGCUAUGUCAUUAACAAUGGUGCAAUUAAAAUUUUUGGAGUUGAUUCCAAAUUUGCAGUUUGUAUAUGGAAGCUGUUGAUAUAAACUCUCAAUAUGAGGUCAAAGUGCUGUCAAUGCAAGUGAAGCAGCCCAUCAUUUGGAUAGAAAAAAAACAACACACACAACUAAUUAAUACAGAGGGUUACUUUUGAAAACUGCAUCACUGUCCUACUAAUGAACCUAAGUGUAAGUCUUGGGAUCAGUUCAGGGAAUUGCUCCUCUGGUAUGGAGGAAAUCAGUGGCAUAGAAAUGAUCUGAAUGGCAUACUUUGAAUGUCAGAUAUUUAUCAAACACCAAUUAUUUAUCAAUUUGCCUUCAUACCAGCACAGUUGAUUUCUGUUUAGUUGCAUCUUGUUGUCAAAACUGCAGAAAAAUGGCAUCUAGAAAUGUAGUAAAUUGCUCCCGAAAUGGCUGUUUGGGUCGACCCGGGCGAUCUGCUGUUGUUCCAAAUGAGAUCAGGAUUGGAACAAUUUGAGGCAGUUUCAUGAUUUAUGAAGGACAGUAACUCUAAUGAAUUGCCUUUGUAAUUUAUUCUCUGUUUCACAAUCUAUCAGAUUAGGUUAUUCAUUAAAUUGAGAAUUCGGGAGAAAUUACAGUGGAAUUACAACUUUAAGACCAAAAUAGCUGAUUUGGAAAAACAAUCUAAUCUACCAAUCUCUGCUAUCCCAGCUCCUGCUCUGACAGUAAAGCAAUAUGAUAAGAUAUUUCUGAGUUUAUUCACUCUGCCAGCUAUUGUGGGGAACUGACAAGGGACUUGAAGCAUGAGUACUGGCUGUCAUUUAAAUGCACAAUAAUUGUUUUAUGACUAGAAGUAUUAGUUGAGGACAUGUAAGGACUACACCAGUAACCAGUGCACAACAAUUGUUGAUAUUUAUGUUUUAUGAAUCUGACUUGAAGUAGUAGUUGAGGUCAUGUAAGGACAACACCAGUAACCUACAUUAGCCUUUGAAGCGGCCAGUUGAGCUGACUGCACUCCAUGUAGUGGCAUUCACUUGCCAUUAUCCUUUGGGUUAUCUCAGACAUGCACUGCUUAUAAAGCAUAAUGUUACAUAUAGUGCUUCAAUAUACUAAAAACUGUAUUCACCCCAGCAGAGGUUAAUUCAUGUGUUUUGUUAACAUUUGUAAACUCCUGUCAAUGCAUGUGUUUUAAUAUCUAAUGUGAGCUCCUGUCAAUGCAUGCAUAUUAUUAUCUACUGUGUACUCCGGUCAAUUCAUGCGUUUUAAUAUCUGAUGUGUGCUCCUGUCAAUGCAUGCAUUUUAAUAUCUAAUGUGUGCUCCUGUCAGUGCAUGCGUUUUAUUAUCUGUGUGCUCCUGUCAAUGCAUGUGUAUUAUCCUCUAAUGUGUGCUCAUGUUAAUGCAUGUGUAUUAUUAUCUAAUGUGUGCUCCUGUCAGUGCAUGGGUUUUAUUAUUAAUGUGUGCUCCUGUCAAUGCAUGCGUAUUAUCAUCUAAUGUGUGCUCCUGUUAAUGCAUGUGUAUUAUUAUCUAAUGUGUGCUCCUGUCAGUGCAUGGGUUUUAUUAUUAAUGUGUGCUCCUGUCAAUGCAUGUGUAUUAUUAUCUAAUGUGUGCUCCUGUUAAUGCAUGCGUAUUAUCAUCUAAUGUGUGCUCCUGUCAGUGCAUGGGUUUUAUUAUUAAUGUGUGCUCCUGUCAAUGUAUGCAUUUUAUUAUCGAAUGUGUGCUCCUAUCAGUGCAUGCGUAUUAUUAUCUGUGUGCUCCUGUCAAUGCAUGCGUAUUAUUAUCUAAUGUGUGCUCCUGUUAAUGCAUGUGUAUUAUUAUCUAAUGUGUGCUCCUGUUAAUGCAUGCGUAUUAUCAUCUAAUGUGUGCUCCUGUUAAUGCAUGUGUAUUAUUAUCUAAUGUGUGCUCCUGUUAAUGCAUGCGUAUUAUCAUCUAAUGUGUGCUCCUGUCAGUGCAUGGGUUUUAUUAAUGUGUGCUCCUGUCAAUGCAUGCAUUUUAUUAUCGAAUGUGUGCUCCUGUCAAUGCAUUCAUUUUAAUAACUAUUUUGUUUAAAAAAAUAACUAUGUUUACUCCUGCCUUUAAUGGAUUAAUAUUUAUUAACAUGUCAGUCCAAUAUAAUGAAAGUAUUUUUUACAUUAUUAUUAUUGUCUUAAUACAAUGUAUUUGUUUACAGCCGCCCAGUCCGCUGUACUUGAUAAAACCAUUUCCUUGGUGAUGAAAAAUGAAAAUCCGACCAGCAAGGUAAAUGGAUUUGCAUGUAUUCUGAUAUUUUUUGUAAAUCUUUAUUUUUGUCUAGCAUAAGUGAACCCAGCAUCCUGCAUUGUCACAACACAUGCAGGAAUAUGCAGAAGACACAAUGAAACAUAUUACAUGUGGAUAUUAACCUUGAAAGAUAUCACUGUGCUUCAUUUCCAGGAGACAGCACGUUUUUGGUUUUUUUUGUUACGGUCCUAUGAGCUGUAAGCAAGUAUAUCUGUAUGCACUAUGUUAGUGUGGCAUUUAAACAUGAAGUUACUGCUAUUCAUAUCGGUAGUUAAGUUUGAGUUUCUUAUAAUGAGCAUGGAUUACUCAUAUGUGCUUAACAUGCCUACAGUAUACCGUGUGCAUGCAAGACAUAAUAGUAGCAUUAAAAUAAAAGUAAUUGAACACGUAAAGAGAAACAGUAAAGCUGCCCAAGUUUAUAUCCCACUUCGUAAGGCGUAGUGGCUGUGUAACAUAAGAGUGAUCACUGGACGUUUAGCUAGGAGAGCUUGAAAGGUGAACCACUGUGGCCCCUUGCAUUUUCAGUAGUGGGCAGACUGGGGAGGCCUGCUUAAGGUGCCCAGGGUAGCCAAGGAAGUGUGAAGACCAGGUAGCGUUAUGGCGGGCUCGGGCUAUUGUGACAGGCAGAUAUGUGUAAGGCCCUAUUAGGCCAUCUCUCUGGGAAAUUCCAUCAACGCAUAAGUCAUAUGAGUAGGGCAUGAGACAAAGGAUCAACUAAAAUUAAACUAAAAUUAGGACAUAAUGGGUAAGCACUGGCCCUUAUCAAACCAUGUGUGUCAAGUCCUGGAUCCAGAUGACAAAGUCAACUUUAGCCUACUGCGAAGCUCGGGAACUUGCGGGUGUAACUUGGAGUCAGUUCGCGGAGGGGGCUAUAUGUGGCAACCCUCCAGCCCCGGGCUGUGGGGAGGGCCUGUAUCGAUGUACUACGGACUUGGGUGCUCAUAGCUGAGUCCAAGUCCUUCCCCGGCGGGGUGCGGCAGGAUCGCUGAGAUGUUCACUGCCUGCGGCGUCAGAUCUUCUGCCUCCGUGGGUGAUGCAUAGGGGGAAUACCCCUGGUGGCUCUCGGCCCAGGCGGACUCAAUGCUGGAUGUGUAUACGCUUGGUGAGUAGUUUUGCCCAAGGGUGGCUCACGGACCCUUUCUCCGCCCGCUUUCCCGGCCUUGUGGUACUGCUGUGCUUCGGGUCUCUAGUUGCGCCCAGAAACAGGCAAAGAUUGCAUCCAGACGUUGUCCAACUUGCUCAACAUGCUGCGUCCGGAGCUCAGGAGCAGGAGGCCUGUCCACCAUUUUGAAAGAGGUAUCCUCGUAGCCUGUUCCCCAGCGGUGACUGCUGCGUGAGGUAAGCAGGAUGUGUGGAGCCGAGCAGUAGGGACCAGGAUAACACCUACCGGUCCAAGGGGGGGAACGGGGAGCACAAGUCAGGAGUCUCAGCAAUGGCUAAGGAACUAGGAGAGCAGCAGCCUCACCCUGGCUCAUGCAAGCGUAGGUGGCAAGCCUCUGACCGGACUGGCCAGAAUCGGGGAAGCUUAUGUGGGGUAUCAUCAUGUGCUGCAGUGUUCCCCGGUCUCGAUUAUUGCUGUUUGCCAUCUUUUAAACGCAAGUAGAAGGGAGCUCCUGCUGAGCACGUCUGGUCUGCUUAGCAGUCAGGCUCCAUCCCCCGGUAUUCUGACACCAAAUUAUCAUUGCUUAUCUCUGCAGUAAUAGAUUUCUGUCUGCAAGAUAUAAACCGACUCCAUUCAUUACCAUCAAUAAUUGUGCGUUAUAUUAUUUUCUCGUACAGUAUGAUGGCUACACUUCUUGCCCAUUGGUGACUGGUUAUAGUAAAGUGAUUCUAGCAGAAUUUGACUACAGUCAACAGCCUUUGGAAACGUUUCCCAUUGACCAAGGCAAAGAGAGAAGAUCCAUGUAUCACAUGAAAGCAGAUAUGAUGCCGUUUCUCUAUUGGAACCUUCUGCUCAAGUAAGUCAUCUUGCGUUAGCUGUGCUUAGCCAAUCAGACAUUGCUCAACACACAUCAAGAAAUGUUUCUUUCUUUAGGGUUUGUAUUUGCGAUCAUAGGUAUCACUGGUAGAAUAUGUUGGUAUAUCUCUGUUGGAGUAGCCUGCCCGAUCCACUUGUUGUUUGAAAGGUGGAACAGUGUGCAGAGGGUUGAAGAAUGAGAUAUGUACCCAUACUCUUUCUUAAAUUACUUCACUAUAUUCCCCAGAAUUAUACAAAGAUUAUUCUGCAGCAUUACCAGCAAGCCCUUUCACCCUAUCCGUGUCCUCUCCAUGUGUCAUGUGACUACAAGCUGCAAUCCCAGAAAAAUUAAGUCAGAUAAUUUUGCAAUUUAUUUAUUUAUAAAGAAACCUGGAUCAGGAAAAAAGAACUGGCAAAAAAAAAAGAUAUAAAAGGGAGAAUGAGGGGAGUUGAGAGAGCAGGCCUUCUGACAGUAACAAUGCAUCUUCAGAUGAAUGGAGCUCCUUAAAAUGUGGUGAUUUGAAGUGAUCAUGGUGGUAGGACUCUGUAUGUACAGCAUUGCACACAGAGAAAUCAGCAUUUUUUAAUCGGGGGCACGCUAUUCCGGACUUCCAAAUGCUGUCCCCCCCUCCCAAAACUAUUGGAGUAACCUUUUCACUGUUCAAAGUCUAGCCAAGGUGUGGAUUUCUGCGUUUAAUUGUAUUAAAUACGUAUUUGUUCAAUAUUGGGAUAAGUAAAUAUAAUAUUGAAUAGCCUGGGAAAUCACAAUUGCAUUUUAAGCAUCAGUAUUAUUGUACCAGCAGAAUGUCAGUUAUUGAAGUAUAUCAAUAAAUAUAUGGCUUGCCAUGAAAAUAAACCAUGUUCUACCUAAUGGUAAUAUAUGUAUUGCUACAUCCAGCUUGUGUAUUUAUUUAGUCAGUGAAAAUGUAUGAAUCAUUCUGGUAGUUUGACUUAAACCAUUCCUUUUUUUUAAAUUUAUUUUUACAGGGGAUAUUGGGGAGGACCUGCUCCCUACAGAAAACUGAUGCAUCUUGGGUUCAAGUAAUACCUUUUUAACAAGGAAGCAGACAUCUUCUCAACGCCCACUAUCUGUAAAGAAAGUAGCAGUUUGCCAAUCCAUACCUUUAGGAUAGAGAGUUCAGUUGUGCAUAUCCCUCAAUCAAGUAAUUUAUUAGAACAUGCUAUUGGGAUACCAUUGAGUUAUGAGGGAAGGGACAAAAAAAUCAAUUAAAGGGUUUCCAAGCUGGGUUCAAUCUGGGCAUGUGCAUACCCUCUUUAUAGGAUCCUACAUACAGUGUGUACUUUUGUCUCUCAGCUUUCACAGAAAACAACUAGUGGAAUGAACAGAACCCGCAAAUAAACCAUCGGAGAUUCACUUGUGGGGAUAUACUCAAAGAAGAAUAUUUGUUGCCCUUCUCGAACACUUUAGUGCCUUUCUGACGGUUUGGAAAUGUUCCUUAUAGUAUGUAGGGCAGGGUGUAACAUCUCUUUAAAAGUUAAACCUCAUUUACAUUUUUUUGGGGAAAUUGUGGCACCUGAAACAGAAUUCCAGCAUUAUAAAUGACAGAUUUUGUUGUUGAGCCGAUAUAAUCAUGUGCAUUUGUUACAAAUAAAGUUCUUAUUUUACCUUCAUAUUUCUGUUGUUACAAAAGAGAG